AUGGACCACCGCCCGUCAAAGGAUUAUUUCCGAGCGAGUAUGUCAUCAAAAGAAGAUGGUUUAUUUAAAAAUGUAUGUCAUUACUCACAAUUUUGCCUUCCUGUGACAUUAUCUGAAUCUGGCUUUAAACCAUUUGUCAUUUCAUUUUUGAUAUGUUACAUAGUUCAGGUUUUGACAAUUUUUUUCUUUACCGAAGUACUGCAAAAAGCUUAUUGUAAAAAUGUUGAAAUUUUAGAAACAAGUGACAAAGAUAAUGUACCAAUUCAUACUGAGAAAAAUGAAACAGUUAGCUAUGGUUCAGAUUAUGACUUAGCAUCAAAAGCAGAUACUGGUUUACCUUGUUUUCGUGGUCAUACAUUAGAACAAUUGAAUGCCAGAUUUAAACCGGAUGCAAGUGAAGCAGAUGCUGGUCGUUAUAUGCCUGAUGUUAUUAACCGUUGUGCUCGUAGUUUAAGAACAAGACUCUAUGAUAUUGUACAAUGGUAUCAAAAUAAAAUACCUUAUUGA